CCAUGCCGUUCCACCAUCAUGAUGCCAUCGGUUCACCUUUUUCGAGCAUUGCUUUUGUCCUCCAGCUUGAUUUAGAGUUACACCUCCAAGAUCACCACCGUCUGUAGAUGCGAAAGUUCAGUUCAAUCCCUCACACAAUGUCUCAACGGAUCAGCUUCAAGGUCGAGGGUGAAGUUCAGGGUGUCAACUUCAGGAGCUUUACUGUGAAGCAGGCCAAGUCUCUGGGAAUUAGUGGCCAUGUCAAAAAUGUUUCUGACGGCAGCGUCACUGGUGAGGCUCAGGGCGACAGCAGUGCCUUGAACAAGUUCCAGCAGCACUUGAACAGAGGUCCUCCUGCCGCUAGUGUCACGAAGCUCGACGUCAAUGACAUCAAAACUAAGGAAGGCGAGAGCGAUUUCACCCAAUGAUUGCUUGAUAUACAUUUCACACGACACGACUAUAACGAAGCGGUUGAAGCGCGACCCGGCAAACAAACAGAGGUUGACAGAUAUGAACCAAAAUAGAUAGCUGAGAGGCAUGUCCCGGUUUCCACCGUCCAUCAUUAUCAUCGUGACAUUUGUAGCAUUGCACGACCGUAAUCGCAGACG